UGGCCUUAACCGAAACCGCCCCUGUGAGAGAACAAUUCUAGUAGCGUUGGACCUGUCCAAGGCGUUCGACAUCGUCAGUCACUCCACGCUACUGGACGACAUAGAGGAGGCCUCCUCUCUCCCACAGGGACUCAAACGGUGGUCGGCGAAUUAUCUAAGUAUUCGACACUUGUUAGCAAUUUUUUAGAGAUAAAUAGAGCAAACCCAGGAAAAUAAAACUACUGUUUAACUGUUUCUAAGCCUCUUCCAAAAGGAGUCUCGAUUGCUCGCUAAUGGCAUCCGAGAAUGGAACUGAUGACUUGUGCUCCAAAGUAAACGGUUAUCGCGCCGAGUUUUCUCGCUUCUUCACUGCACGGAGUCUAACCCUCUCCCCUAUAAAAUUCUCAGCAACACUUUUCUUGGACUUGGACGAAGGAGGUAAAACUGCAACUGGGUAUUCAAGUUGAUGACGGACCACCUCGACGGUGAAUAACCCGCAAGUCGCUAGCCGCCAGGACCUGGGGCAAAAACAAAGAAAUGUUUUGGCCGGCCGUUUCUGAACUAUGCAGCGCCUGUGUGGUCGCCGGGGACUGGUAGGACGCAGUGGAUAAAGCUACAGACAGCGACAGGAUGCCUUCUGAUGGCGCCACAACAUCACCUACACGACGAGGCCCAUUUACUCCCUAUGAAGGAGCAUAACGCAAUGCUCUGCAAGCAAUUCUUAGUAGGGUGUCACCGACGUGGGAGAUUCGUCUGUCUCGAGAGACUCGGACCACAACAGCCCAACUUCGCUCUGGCUACUGCAGCACGUUAAACUCGUACCUGAGCAGAGUAAAACCAGAUGUGCCAAACGAGUUCCCGCGAUGCGGAGCAACACCCCAUGACUCUAGACAUCUCUUCGCAUGCCCACUGAACCCCACUUUACUAACGCCUCUGUCCUUAUGGACAGACGCUAACGAUUCUACACCAACCGAUCUGGGCGGGGUUGCUGUAGCCGCUACAACAACAACAAUAAUCAAACCAAUAAGUUCGCGCUGGUUUGCUCUUUAUUUUGUGCUCUUGAAGACCGAAUCUGGACUUGAAUUUUGUGUCCAAAUAAUUUGUGAGCAUGAUGAGCUUGUCAAAUCCUUGUAAUAUGAAGCAGCCCAAGCAUAAUCCGGAGCAUGAUGUUUCACAGAUCCCAGGAUCAGCUUAACGCCUUUAGCUAACCAAGCAUGCUCAACAGUGUUUGCAAUUUUUGAGAACCACUUGCCUUCUAUAAAUAUCUGCAAGUAAGAGUUGUACCCCUGUUGCUAAAAACUGGAUCUGGAACUCCCUCAGAUGUUGUUUAUUGUGUUCAAUUCCCCAGGGUUCUAUGGAAUUUCGAUGAAGUGCCAAUCCUUGACCACAAAUAAAGCUGGUCCGUACAGGACCCAUCUUUUUCCAUUUUUGCUGGAAGUAGUAGGCUUAUUCACCAUUUUUUGCUUAAUAAUAAUAAAGUUGAUAUAUGACUACAUUCAUGGCAUUCUCAUUAUUCACGAAUUUUCCUGUUUACACAUUUCACUAAUCCGUCACCUCUCUUCCUAUUCUUCCAUUUACAGAGAUUCGUCAUAAACAAUUUAAGCUGAAUAUGUUGCGCGACUGUGAAUUCUUCGGCGUGGCCCAAGAUAAUCCCACACUCAUAGCAUUCCUGCGCGAAAUCCAGAUGCGCAAAUACCCUAUGCACUUUCUCAAGAAUGCGCCUUUAGACGAUGCAACAUCAACCGCGUCAUCAUCAGCAACAACAGCGGGGGUGGCCGCCUCCUACUCCACAGCAGCGACGCAUUUUAAUUUCAGCGCACACUACUCUGAAGGUCUUGCGCCCGAAAUGGCGCAUUACGUAGCCGAUCUGGUGGGUGGGAAAGAGAAUGGCGCCUUCAUACAAUCGCUGCCGGGUGCGAUGGGCUAUUUAAUAACCGCACCAUGGCUGGCGGCAACGCUGAAUUGGGCGGGCUUGGUGGUAGAGCCGGAGCCACGUCGUUUCUUCACGUUGCGCAAACAGAAUGCGCAACGGCCGGGUCUGGAGGUGGUGCACGCAUGCAUCUCGCCCAAUCCGUAUCCGAAAGAGGUGAGUGCUGUUACCAUACACAAUGAAGAGUCUGAGGUGCGCAUCAAUAGUCUGCUGGACGAGGAAACUUCGUGGUUUAAUUCACGCGUCAAAUGCUUUCCAUUGUAUUCGCUGAUGUUGGCGUACAAUCGUGUGGAUUAUGAUCUGCUCAGUUUGGGUGUGCAUGGACACGAGUUGGAGAUCCUAGAAACGCUACCCUUCGAUCGGGUACAAAUCGAAGUGAUAUCCAUACACCUGUCAGAGGACAUCGCACGAGGCUACGUAGAUGACCUAACGGAGUUCCUAGCGGGGAAGUCAUACAAAUUGCAAAAGACCUUCGGCCGCAACUUUUUCUUUCAACGAAACAAAACGACGAGUCGAACACGAAAAAAAGACAUACUGCUAUUGAAAACGCCUUAAUUAGCAGCAGUUGCAGCAGCUGUGGUUGUUCGAAUUGAAGGUGCUGCUGCAAAGCGAGGACCAGGAAAAUGGGGAAAUGUCGUCAAGAAUGCUGUAGCCGUCGCUGCUAAUGUGAAAUCAAAGCCAUUCGUUUAAUUCUAAAGGAGUGAAAAUUUUUUAUUCGAGAAAAUUUCUGAAAUUGCUGCAUACUUGUGACACGGCCAAAAAAAAACUGCAACCAAUCAGCAAAAAUACGAUACUCGAAAAUUUUGGGGAUGCGGUGGGGAAACCAAACAUUACACAAAAGACCGGUGCACGCACGCGCGUACCUAGAAGUAACAAACGAUUAGAACGUGUUGAAAUAUGCUAGUAUUGUGUAUCGCGAAAAUAAAAACAAAAACACAAAAUUUGCAAGGCGCAUAAAUUAGAGAACGGAGGGCGUUAGGGGUGAAUUUACGCAGCGAAAUGGCGAUAAUCUUAGACAUAAACAUUAAAACUAAUUAAACGAAUAAUUUGCAUUACUCGUGUACGACGCAGGCGCACUUUACACGAAGCGAGAGGUGCAAAGAAUUUCCUUAGACGUCGUAACUUAAAAAAAUAAAAUACAAAAAUAUCUAAAAUACUUGAAGCGUGCACCUGCGCAAUCGAGAACGAACUUUUAAAAUUUAUUUUUCAACGCACGUUUUUGCCUGCAUUUUUCAUUGUGUGCCCCGCUAUCGUGUAUUCAUUAUUAUCAUUGUUGUGGGGGGUGGUACAAAAAAAGAUUAAAAUUAACCGAAUUUUCUGUUGAGGUCGUCUUUGAUCGCGAUUACUAUUAAUUUUUAAUAUUUAGUUUAUAAGUGAAAAAAAUAUAACAACAAACAGGUUGAAAAAUAUUAAGAAAGAAAAGAUCUAUUGUCGCUGUUGUAUAAAGUUUGAUUAUUAAUUUAUAUUAUAGUAUAUUUUGCACACUUAAUUUAGUUUUGUAAUUAAUUUAAAUGAAAACAUAAUGCUUUAUUGUAAUUUAAAUUAUUGCCUAAACGAGUAAACUUGUCGAGAAGUGAACAAAAGCAAAUGUGAAUGAGUCUAAAAUAUUUGGUUAAUAAAUAUACAUACGUAGCAGUUAGCGCCGCAUCUCAGCCGUUGCUAGUUUAAAUACAAAGAAAAAUUAAAUAUAUAUAAA